AUGGAUUUGGGGGAAUUGUGGGCCAUUUUCGGACCAGGAGUCGCAGGCGCAGUCUUCGGCGCCGGUUGGUGGUUUUGGGUUGACGCCGUUGUUUGCAGCUCUGUCAGUGUCUCCUUCCUCCAUUACCUCCCCGGUAUCUUUGCAUCUUUGGCUGCUUUGAUGUUCAACUGCGUUAGAAGGGAGGACAUUGACUACUCUCCAUAUGAGGACGGCGAGUGGAGAUUGAAGCUUUGGCUUUUUGUUGCUUAUGUUGUAUCGUUUGUCUCUUUGGCGGCUUCAGUGGGUCUAUUGAUACAAGAUGCACUUGUCACAACCGGCCCUUCAGCAUGGACUGGAGUUGCUGGCAUCUUGCAGUGUGUGUUUAUAUUGAUCAGUGGGCUGAUAUAUUGGACUUCUCAUUCAGAGUAA